ACGUCUCAUUCGGUGCAUCGUCUCGCAAGAAACCCAAGCGAUGAGGACCGUUUCUCUCCGAUCGCCGGCGCCGGCCACGGUUCCAUCUCAAUUCUCUGGCAUGCUCUCCCGAUCUAGGUCGCCGAUGAUCGUGCGCUGCUUGCAGAGAAGGGACGAAGUCUCCUCCAUCCCCAAGCUGGAGCCCUUCAGCCGGAGUCGGAUCGAUCGGCUCGUCAAAGACCCUCCCCUUUUGGAGAAAACUAAGGACGAUUUCACAGAUUAUUGCUCCACCCUUGAAGGAGAAGAAUCUUGCAGGUGCUGGACAGCCUAUUUUGAGUUAAGAGAUCUCGAAAAGGAAAUGUCACAAGAAGAUAUCGAGACACUUAUAAGGCAGUCAGGUGGAAUAAAAUCUCUUAUAGACUGUGUACAUGGAAUCACAGCAAUGCAAAAGAAGCAAGAAGGCAAGUUCGCUAUACCCACAGUAUCAAACAAAGAGACCGAAAAGAAGAUACCAUUUCCGGUCCCCGAUGGAAUUCCAAAAUCAAAGGAUGAGCUUGAAGAAGAAGAGAAAGCAAGAAUGCCUGAUUCUUCGCACACCCGGCUUCUCAGAGCCAUGGGCAGGUUUCCUGCUUGGUAUUCCCAAGCUCCAGACCAUGAAUCAGAUUGAUGAAGGACAGAGUCAGGGUAAGUAGAUUGUAUAUAUUCUUAAUGUUUUUUAUUUGCAUUAAGUAGUAGGUGUCUUAUUAGUGUUUCUUGUUUAGAUCUACAAUUGUGUCUCAAUUGCUUGGUUGUGCGAGUUAUAAAGGUUUAUUGUCUUGUUGUACUUGUUAUGUCUUAACAUGUAAAAAAAGACAUAAUUGUUAAGGACACUCUUGUUUGGGAGUUUUCAAACUAUAACAACAACAAAGUUGUUACUUCCAAUUAUUUAGGGUUGGCAUAUGAA